AUAUAAACCCCGGCUGACAGUAUUGCGCAGUCAGUUGAAAACUGCAACUUGAAGUGCAAGGUUCGUACAACGUUCCGAGCUACUAACGAACGACUUUAUACAAAACGAACGAUUACUUCUCUUUGUGAGUGGUUUAUAAAAUAAGGAUAUCCAACGAGAGAUCAUCCGCAUCGAUAUGGCACUGGUAACUAGAGAUCUUUUCCGCAACUGGUGGAGGGAUAUGGAUCGUUAUCAUCAAGAAUUGGAAGAACACUUCAAACGUCUUAGCACCAGAGACGAUUUUUGGAAAUUCCCACCAAUGCCAUCCUUCAAGGAGUUCUUCCAGCCAUGGAGGAACAUGAUAGAAGAUUUGGAACAUCAAGUUGGAGGUUCGACCACCGUUGAACGGGAUGAAAACAAAUAUCAAGUGAUUGUCGAUGUACAGCAAUUCGCACCAGAAGAAAUCACUGUCAGAACGGACGACAAAUCUAUUACCAUCGAGGGUAAACACGAAGAGAAAAAGGAUCAACAUGGUUACGUGUCAAGACAUUUCGUGCGCCGAUACGUGUUACCACAAGGAUACGAUAUCGGCCACGUUAAACCGAGUUUGUCGUCCGAUGGUAUUCUCACUGUCACUGCUCCGAGACUCUCUCUACCAGCACCUGGAGAAAGAAUCGUACCAAUCGAACGAAGUAACGCGCUAGCAAUUAAGGCGUAAAUUAUAAAUGAUAUUAUCAUUUUUCUUCUAAUCGACACUCGUGUAAUACAUAGAAAUUCAUCAUGAAACUUCUUCUUUAAGCUUGAAAAAAUCGCACAUAUUGAAACAGUAUGUCAAAGACAUAUAAAUGUAAAAUUCAAAGUAUCGCCCUAAAUAUAUUCUUUAUGUAUACAAUGUAUUUAUAUUAAUAAAUACGUAAUAGGUUACGUAUCUAACAUCUGA